AUUUAUAAAACCCUUGCUUAGUAUUUUCAAGUGGCUGUAUGUAUUUAUUUUUUGCACCAAAACACUGGAUUAAGUAUUAUUGUUCAAAUUAUUUCAUAAAUAUUACUCGUAUGCGUUAAGCAACUCUGCUAUAUAAGUAAUUUUACAUAUAACUUCCGCAAGAAUUCGAACAUGGAUUUAUAUGAAGAGAAGGAAGAAAUUAUUAGCAGCGACGAAUACAGCGAGGAUGACGACGACGAUGGCCUGAUGAAUGAUGCUAUUAGAGCACAGGGUUAUAAAAUUCCUGCACCCCAUCAUGAUGACAAAAAUGAAAGCCCAAAAUGGCAAAAUGACAAAAAACAGAAACAGCUUAGUUCGCUCAUAAGGAGAAAUAAAAUAUCAGUAAUAUAUAAGAACAAAUCUAUUAAAUGGUUAAAUAACAAAAAAAACCGGGAAAGAUAUAAAUGCCACAUUGCUAAAAAUUGUAUUGAAAACAAAAAAAUUGAUGCGGAUGACAUUGUAUGCUUAGGAGGAGAUGGUGAAAUUUUUGGAAAUCUUGCGAAAAAUAUUUCCAUGGAAAAUAAAAUGCCAAAGCAUACUCAGUUGGACACCAAAAAUUUAUCAGAAAAAAGCGCUGUCAAUAUAGAUGUGUCCAAUGAAGUUUCGGAAACAAAACAUACUAAUACUCAAUCAAGCCAGACUGAAUUCGUUGAAAAAAGAGCAAGAUCCAGCAGUCCUAAUGAGAAUGAAUAUGUAGGAGAAUAUCGAACACACGAAAAGCGAUAUAAAACAGAUGACUCGCAAUUUUAUAAACAUAUCAAUGAAACUUUUCCUACAUAUAACGAAAUAGCAAAACGCCAUAUUGAACAUCUAGUUAAUAACAAUAUUACAUCUAUUGAUAAUAAGAUGAAAAGCAUUUCCCAGGAAAUUAAAACACUAAAUGAAAUUCUUUACACGAAAGAGACGGAGUGGAAUCGAAUAUUACAUUUGAAAAUUGUCAAAGAGGAGUUGUAUUCCCGUCUGUCAAGAAAGAAACACUCCAUUGAUAUGAAAGAGACUUUGUCAAAAUCUCGACGUCAAAAUUCAGUAUUAGAAUUAAAGGAACUGGAAUCAUAUUUAUCAGACAAGGAUCCAACACCCAAUUCGAGGAAUACCUCCAUACAACAAAUAAUAGAAAAUAGAGCAAAUAUGAAGUCAGAAGAUUUGAAACGCGAAAGAAGCAGCACUAGCAGACUUCACAGUUUAUUAGUAUCGCGUAACAUGUUACCAGACGCAAAUACUACGGAAGCAAGGGCUUACGGCAACGGCAAUGUACACGAAAUGGCAAAUUUUGAAACAUAUGAACACUUGCCGAGUGGAAAUGCUAUAUAUAGGGAACGCGGUGAAUUAAAAGAUGUUAAAAGUAUAAUAAAUGAUUUUAAACAAAAGAAAUCAGAAAUAAUUUCCCAGGAUAAGAAAAAACAACAACAUCUACAGAUCAUUGAAGCAAGUAAGUCGGAUAAUUAUCAUUCGAGAGAAUUCUUGGAAGACGCGGCAUUAUUUACAUCAAUAGGAAAAUGGUGCGACUAGCUACUGCUUAUUUGAGGUUUCUGACGACAUUAUCAACUUGUCAAAUAUUCAGUACAGGGAGGGUGGUUAAAUUCGAAUGAGUUGUGUGAGUUAGAAUAUUCAUUCAAAAUAUCGAAAAGAUCAUUCGAUAUUCUAUCUGAUCAGGUUGCAAAAUAUCAAUACUAAUGUUUUUUUUAUUAAUUUUCCGAUAGGAACUCGACAAUGGUUAAUGCGAUUGGGAAUAGUCCAAUUAAUAUUAGACCAAGGGCAGAUAGUAUUUCAGUCAAAUUAUCUGUUAUUUCAUUCUGUAAUGUCAUUCUGUAUGUCAAAUUUGUCAAGCCCAAAUAAUCAGUAGUUUGAAAACUAAACAAUUUA